AUGGUUAUAAACUCUUUUGACAUCGGGUUGGGGUUUACAGAUAGGCAAGGUUCUUUCCCCUACAUUUGAGGAUGGAAGAGCUUGGCCAAAUCCGACUGUUCAAUAAUUUAUUGUGCUUCAGAUAACUACCUACAACGUAUUGGAGAACAUAAAAGAAAUGGAGGGACAGAGACUUUCUUGUCCCCCCACUUCACUAAAUGAACAAUCAGUUCAGCCUGCCUCUUGCUUUCAAGCCAUACCAGCAACACCAAAUCUGUCAAUUAGUCCAGUAAUUUUCCAGCCUGAGCAGGCACUUUCUCAAACUGUAUACUUAAAAGCUGUUACAAUACCACUUUAUCAACCCAUCCAGUCAGAAUGCCUUCAGCCAAGCCAUGAGCUACUCACAAACCAAACCAGCCUCACUUUAGACAGCAGUAAUAUACCUUUAAUUCUAAACCCGCUUUUACAUUCAGGAGGAACAGAUCAUCUUCAGACAGGUAUUCAAAAGCAAGCCGGAAUAAUAAAAGUAGUUAAUGGCUUAUCAGUUUUGCCACAAAAUUAUUCUCCAUGUCCACCACUUGGAAGCCCAGGGAAAUGCAAAAAUGCUGGGAAGUACCUCUGUAAACACUGUGGGCGUGAUUGCCUGAAGCCAAGUGUUCUUGAGAAACAUGUGCGCUCACACACAGGUGAGAGGCCUUUUCCAUGUACAACAUGUGGCAUUGCAUUUAAAACUCAGAGCAAUCUUUAUAAACACAGGAGAACUCAAACACAUGUCAACAAUGCCAGAUUGCCCUCGGAGUUAGACAGCAGUAGUCCAUUAGGAGAGAAUGAGAAGGUGACUGAGAGCACUGGAUCCCCCCAGAAAACAAAAGCAACUGAUAGAAAUUGUGGCAACACAGGAGCAGUAAUUAUACAUACUGCUUCAGACUCCACUUCUACAGUAACCAGUGAGAAAGAUCCUCUUACUACUGCAUCACAAGCAAUUAAUGGUUUAUUCCUUGUAUCUGAAAGUCAGUGGAUGGCAGUGAACAAUUCCUGUCAUGGAGGAGUAUAUCAGAGUGUCCUUGAGAAAGAAGCCAUGAAAGAUACAACACCACCACUCCAGAAAAGAAGGCUCCAGGAGCAAAGGAAUCAAGCUGUAAGUAAACACAGCCAGCUACAGAGACAGCAUGCCACGUAUUCAGAGAAGCCAUGGGACAGCAGAUCUCCAGAUUACAAGCUGAAGAAAUGUGAAAGUACUGACUCGGGUUAUCUGUCUCGCUCUGAUAGUGUGGAGCAGCAGAUGUUGUCCCCCAGCCCUCUGCAGAGUCUUUGUGAACGCAGCAUUGAGUCAGAAAGCGAUGCAGCCAUUACCAGUCUCAGGUGUACCACAGAAAAUAUGUCAAAAGUAGAUUCUGCUGAGAAAGCAACAGGAGGUUUAACAUUAGAAAAAAGGAAGUUGGAAGAGCAUAUCUCAAAGCUAAUUUCUCAUAAUAAAACUGUAGUGGAUGAUACCCAGUUGGACAAUGUUAGGCCCAGGAAAACAGUUCUAUCUAAGCAGGGCAGCAUUGAUUUGCCAAUGCCUUAUACAUACAAAAACUCUUUCCAUUUUGACAUACGUCCUCUUGACUUAAACAAGAAGAAGACUCUUUCUCAGUGCACAGCCAAGUCUAUCUUCACAGCUGUGGAAAAAUCCAAGCCAUUGUUUUUUCACUCAGUCCCCACUCAGUUCUCAACAACAAUAGAUUGUGUUCCUGUUACCAGAAGCAACUCCCUGCCUUUUAUUGAGAAUACAAGGAGAAUUCAAGACCAAGUGGAUAGUUUAAAAGUACCUUCUUUUGCCAGAAUGCCACCAGACACAAGUGCUACUUUGUUGCCUAGCAAAAAAAUUUCUGCAAGUAUGGCAGGUUUUCCUAACAGUCAGCCUCGAGCACUUGUCAGACAGGCAGCAGUAGAUGAUUUGCCACCAAGUAACAUGAGUGAAUCCUCACCCUCUUUGGAAGAGAUGAAAGGAACUAAAAAGUCUGGACUUGGAGUAGAAGGAACAAACACAAAAUAUAAGAAACCGAAUCAAAGAAAAAUGAAAAUGUUCACUCAGGAAAAAUGGCAGGUCUAUGGAAAUGAAACGUUUAAGAAAAUCUAUCAGAAAAUGAAAAGUAACCAAGCCACCAAGAAACCAAAUGAAAACAAGAUAACUGAUAUUUCAAGCUUCCAGUUUGGUACUAAGGAUAUAGCUAAUCAUAAUGGAAUUCAGAGAAAUGGCAAAAGCUUUAGAACUGGAAAUUUGGUUUCAUCCCCAGUGACCAUUUCUACAAAACUCAGUACAGAGGAGUUGGAUUCAUCCCCAGGGACCACUUCUGCAAAAAUAAAUACUGAAGAGUUGGAAGGCUGUUCCAUUUCUAGUCCCCCAUCACACACCUGUGCUUCCUCAGAGGAGAGUUUAGGCAGCUUUGCAGAAUUUAUGGCAACAUCAUACUCAGUCAGUAAUUGUGAACAAAGUGAGUUGACUAAAAUAUUUGUUGAAAAUAGGUGCAAAGAAUUGUGUGUUUCAAAACAAGACCCAGUUGGCAACAGUAAGGUCUUUCCCUUAAGUACUGGUUGUGAAUUGAGUUUCCAGCUUCAGCAGACCACAGACCAAGAGAACGGUAACUCCUUAAACAUUGGUAGCCUGCAGGAUAGUGGCUUAGAGGACACAUGUGCCCAAGGGGAGUUUGUUAAAUGUGUGCUGGGACAUGAUGAUAGUUCAGUUGCUAAAGAAGAUACCAUUGGGAAAGAAAGCUUUCAACUUGCACAGGGGGGCUUAUUGCCCAAACAGUGCAACAAUAGUGAAGCAGUUCAGGAACUUCCAAAGUUACUCUCAGAGAGAAAAAAGCUAAAGGUCGAUAAACUGAAAAGGAAAAAAAGUAUGUUAACAUCCAAUUAUGGUCCCAGUAGCUCAGUGGAGAGAACUGUGGAAUUGCUAGACCAUUGCAAACCUAUUGAUGUAGUUACUUCAGAAUCAAUAAGACACUCAGUUAAAGAAGAAAAGCAGGAAUCAUUGGUAGGAUUUAAUACAUCAGAUAGUAGCAACAUGGAAUGUGAAGAGUCAAUUCAGUGUCCAAUAAUGACCUCUAAUUAUGUUGCUAAUCUUACUGAUACAACAAAUGUACUUGAACAGUUUGAGACUGAGGGGAAAAAGGGACACACUUGUGGUUUGUAUGCUUCACAAAAGCUGAAAAACCAGCCACAUCCUGUAAUAACUGGGACAGAAACAUCAUCAAAGAAUGGAGAUGUGGCACGAGCACCCAUCCCUGCUCAGCAUCUGAUAUUUGAUCAUGUAAAUCCCCAUUUAAAGAAAAAUGACUUUCUGCCAAAGUAUAUCCUAAACUACUCACAACACGGGAAGACUACAGGAUUGCCACUGAUUCUUGCUGGAGAUCCUGAGAAUGUGACCAACAUUUCAUUUCCUGCUAGUAGCAACAAGUCACUUUGCUCCAGUUCUACAGAUGUAUUUUUGUGCUCACCUGCUAUCCUAGAAACAACCAGCAUUACAACCACAGUAAACAGAAAAUAUCAUGUUCAAAGGUUCAGGCAGAAGGAGAAGAUAAAAGAUGUAUGGAAAGAAGCCAGUAAUAGAAAUAAUUUGGAUGUUCAGAUGUUGGCACAGGAAAAUAAUGUGAACACAAUUGUUUGUACAUCACAUAUUCCAGGGAAGAAAAUAUGCUUUACAACUAUGUAUACAGGAGGUUUUUUCAUAUCUUCAGACAUUACUGGGCAGAGUUCAGCCCUACAGUUCAUACACUCAGGGAACACUUCAGUGAUAUCAGUUUCAUCAUUGGUUGAAAGUACACUUUUCUGUGGAAAUAAUGAUGAGAAGAUCAAGGAAUGGCAAUCGGAUAUUAACCCUUUUCAAAGAUUUCAGGACCUGCCUACCUGUACCAUGGAUAAGCCUAGAUGCCUUUGCCAUUCCUCUAAUAUGUUUUAUUGCCAUGUGUUCUGCUCUCAACACAAAGAAGUCCAUACCUUGCCUCAGUUAAGUUCUCAUGCAGGAAACUCAAAAGUCCCAAGCAUGGAUGUAUCCUUCCCAACUCUAAAUGCUGAGCCACAACUGACCUGGUGUUGCUUAAGUAAAAACCUUCCUCUUCCUAUUGAACAGAAGGAGAAGAGAGAUUCUGCUUAUUCUUCCUUGCACACCUAUAUGAAUGAAAACUUAAUUUCAAAAUGUAACCACUUCUUUUACAAAAUGAAAAAUGCCAGGAAGGCUGCUCAUGCAGGCUUUACAACUGGAAUGCCCCAAAUGGCAAUCUCCUCUGUUUCUCCAAGACAGCAGAUAGAGAAGCAGGACUUUUCAACAGCUGGAGUGGAUGGGUUGUUUAAAAACAUACCAGAGCAAGAAAAGGUGAAAGAUAAACUUCAUAAAAUGAAAGAGUUUGCAGUACCUAAAGCAAAGAAAAAACAUAAAAGGAAAAAGGUGAAGAUCAGCCCAAAACGCUAUAAAGGGGCUUGUCGACAUAGACACAUUCUGCAUAAAGCCAACAGGCCACUCAAACAACACUGGACAACUAUCAAGGUCCUGGAAUCUCCUAAAAAGCACUCUCCUCAUAUACCUGACAGUCCUCAGCACUGUAGGAAAUGCCUUUGUGAUUUACCAGCAUCUCAAGGAAUUGACCAGAAUCCACGGGAGGCUUCUUAUGCCACAACUGAAAAAUCAGGUUCUUCUGUGGAAAAGAUGAAAGAUGAUAUUCCUGUAGCUACAGGAGAACACUCAAGCAGCAGCCUCUGUUUUCAGAGAAUUCCUACAGUUCCAAAUGAACCAACAGCAAAUCAUUCCUGUCCAUUAGCCAGUAAUGCACCAUCACAAAAAAACAGAAACCAAGAUGUUUGUUGUCUAAGAAUGCUUCAGAGACAGACUCAGUCAGAUGUUAAUUCUGAUCACCAUUGGCCUUCUGCUGGGCCCCAUAACUUUGAAGCAACUCUUCUACAUAACAUUACAGGUUCACAGUUUACUAGUCCUAUGUUAAUAGGGUCAACGGUAGACUGCAAUAAUGUGAAAUUUCAAAAUGUUACUGUAUUGGAGCCCUCUAUCCACAUUACAGGAAGAAAGCAAUCCAUGGAUGAGAAUCUGUACCCAUCUUUAAAAGGAGAGCCUAUCUUCCGGAGUCCAUGUCCUGUUCAAUUCGAAUCAAGAAUGCUUAUUGAAAAAUCAGCUUCAUGUACAUCCUUAUUUGGACAAAGGCAAGUGCAGGAGGCAAACAGCUCUCCUUGCCCUGUCAGACAAGACAAGAACAGCUGCUCUGUCAACCCAGAUGAUAACCGUGAGAAGCUUUCUGAACUCUCUGAUUCUGUAGGCACCCCUGGAACGUUAUCAAAAACUUAUAAAAAGCAGAGUUUGGAAAUUGUGAACAGACUUACUCAUGUGGAAUAUGACAACACAAGCAGCAGUGAAGAUGAAGACCGACUUGUUAUAGAAAUAUCAUAAACAUACAUCUAUUGUUGAAGAUUUAACAGACAAAAAAGCAGAAUAUUCUUGGGCCAGCCCAUUAUCAGUCUGCAUUUCUGUCACAUGUUAAGAACAUAAAAGCCUUUCCUUCUCUCAGAUAAUAUUUCUGCCAAGGACUAAGGCUUAUUUACAUGUGUUAAUGCUUUUAUUGAAACAAGGCAACAGUUAAAUCAUGUUUAAAUGCUCACAGAAAAUCUAUAAUACUUCAGUUCCUAGCUUAAUCAUGUUUCUUUAUAAGUUCAACCAUUCUUUAUUCAUGCCUGUGAAGGCAGUCCACAUCUGCUAUACGUUUGGUGGGAAAGCAGUUUCUUUCCUGCUUGGAGAUGUUGAAGGAAGACAUUGCAGAUACAGUUCUUCCUUGUGAUAUUGACAGAAUUAUUCUCAGCAGUUUCAGUUUGCUUGUUUUCUGUAAUAUUUUCCAACUAUGCUUUUGCAUGAUGAGAUCAGUGACCAUUAGACAUCAUACAACUUUUCUGUAUUACACAAACAUUCUAUGCUCCCUUGUGACAGAAAACACAAGUGUGUCCUUCUGUUUUGUGCCUUUUUUGCUGAAGUCUAUUUGAUAUUUCUCUACUCCUCUGAUAGCAGUUUCAAUGCAAGUUUGUGAAAUGCCCUUUUCAGUUGUUAUUCAGGUCAAGCAGGAAAAAUAUUCAGUUUUUCCCACCCCCAAGUGAAAAUGUUGUUUGCUUCUCAAGGUUUAAAUACACAAAUAAGGUAACAAAUAACAAAAGUCUACACAGACUGCACUUUUUGUACAAGUCCAAUCUGUGCAGUAAUGCUGCAUUUGACAUCUCUUGCUGAUAUAUUCAGGGACUUAUUUUCAGUGGAUUGUUUCAAAUUUCUUUCAACAUAAACCCAUUUUGUUUGAUUAAAGUUAUGCCAGUUUUACAGCUCAGCUCUAUUGCUAUAUUAUGAAGUUUUAUAUUUCACCUUUUGUUUGGAGUUUGUAAUGCUUUUUAAUUCUGCCUUAUAAGAUGUUGAAAAUAAUUACCUUUGCUCAAAAGACAGAUUGCAAGAACAAAGUGGCAUAAGCUGUCUUAAGUCAUUAUGGGCCAUACAUAGUUUUUUAAAAAUCAGAUAGAUUUUAGGAUGUUUUAAGCAACCCCAAUAACAAAGCAGAAGGUCAUUUUCCUGCUUGAGCAUAUGCUAAGAAUAUGUAGCACUGAAAACAUCAAAACUUCUGAUCUCCCCUGUGCAGUAGUCAGAUGCCUUUCAGAUAGCUUUUCCUAUGUGGGGGCUUCUACAUGCUUUUUAUAGAAUACCGGAAGACCAAGUUGAGCCACAACUACAAUGAUGACCCUGUCUGUCCCUUUUUAUGUGAAGAUUCUACUCAAAUUAAGAAUACCCAAAUUAGAAGGGGUCACUCUGCUGAUAACAGUUUUAGCAAAUUGCUGUCACUGGUCUUGGAUUUCCUUUUUUGUAAUUAGGAUUGGACUGUUAUGCUAACAAUUGGUUACAGGUUAUGUAAUGAAAUAAAGCCAAAGCAAGCCCUAAAUGAGGCUUCUAAGGGUCUAAAUGCCCUAAAGACACCAGAGCCUAUCUGAGCUUGGCAGCUAGUCAAUCUUGGUUAGCACUUGGAUAGGAAUAUGAAAACCUGGUGCUGUAUGCUAUAUCUCACAGGAAGGAACUGGCAAAACCACCUCUGAGUAUUCUUUGCCCAAGAAAACCUUGACAUUCAAGGGGUUGUCUUAUGUCAACAGGUGACCUGAAGGCAAAUGCCCACAAGGGUAUGAUCACAGACCUCAAAGAACCAAGUCUGAUUAUUUACAUCUUCUGUGGCGAAGAAUGCACUAUGAGUACACAAUUAAUAGUAAACCUUGUGGUAAUGAAAGAACCAUUUGUUUACCUGUGAGACAGUAGCUUUCUAUGUUAGAGGGGCUGAACAUCCUUAAUGUCCCUCUCCACCUUUGGAGAAGUGGGUGGAUCAAUCCACAUUAGGAUGUGACGCCCUCUACACAGGAAAAUGGAAGGACCAGUAGAUUUUCUUGAUGAAUUUGCCAAAACCUUAGUCUUUUUCUCUGUGAAAUACUUUGUAUUUAAUUAAAAUGUUUUAGUAAUUCUAAUUGCUCACAAUUGUGCAAACAAGAGAAUUCUUUUGGUGGGCAGGGUACAUACACUGAUACUUUCAAAAUGUUUAAUUCACUCCUUAACCCUAGGGUAACAUGAAACUAUUCUGAUUGGUUUGAAAUUGCAUCCUGUGCUUUUCAUGCUUUAUUGGAUCAGUGUAGAGAACGUAGCACCACAGCUGUACAGAAUGGGAUAGUGGGUAAUGCGAAGUUUUCCUCCCUUAAGAUGUCACAGACAAGCCUCAUUCAGCUUCUACUUAGCUUUUCAGUUAAAGACUCUAUGUAGUUGUAUAGGGCUCAAAAUCAGGCAGUAGACCUGAACAAGCUAGUCCAAAGAGGCUAAACAGACCAGUGUUAUACAACAGUGUGCUGCUACAUCGUUCUCAUGCUGCACACCCAACUGCAUGGUGAGGGGGGGGGCAUUAUGGUACUCUGUUGGCCCAGCGUUUAAACAGCACUAAAAGAAGUAGCAUUUUACCGUUCCUUUUAGUGCCAGCAAACUGCCUGAUCAGUCAUGAUGUGUAGUUGUUGUGGCCCUGAUCUGGCUCUGAAAGGGGUGACGGAAAGCUGUUCCAAAGGGGCGGUCUAUUUAGCCCCUAUGUGUUAAUGAACUUUGGUUAUUGAGUAAAAGGUGAACCAGCAAAUCUAGGAGCAGAAGGGCUGACUACAAGCUACAGAUCAUAGGAGUAAAGAUGCAGCUCUCAGAAGAGCAGUCCUCUGAUAGCUCUAAGGUGGCAGCAUAAGGAAAGGAAUCCUUCAGAGAUUUCCAGUGGCUUUUGAGGCCAAGCAGAUUCCCUGCAGCUCAGACACCUAAAGAAAACACAUGAAGCCGCAGGAACAAGGGUAGUGCAACUCCUCUUUCCAAGAUCCCGUGCCCCAAUCCAAUAGCACUUUUAAAAAUCCAUGAUGCAGGAAU